AUGGUGGGCUGUGCUGCCCCAGCAAAACAUACGUGUUCUACUNGCGACAAUGCCGCCGCGGCCGCCACUAAGAAGCGCAAGGCGUCAACCCCCGGGCCGGACACUGGCAAAAACAAGCUCAACUUACGGCAGCGGCACGAGCUCGUCAAAGAGGUCCAAGAUGGUGGUGUCAGGGCUAAGGUCGCGGUCAAGUACGGCGUCAGCAAGGGGUACGUCGCAAAGCUGAUGAUGCCCGACAACAUCGCUAAGCUCAGCAAGGCGGUCCAGACGGAGCUCAACCCGGAGGCCCGCCACGUCCUGGAACCGGUGGAGGCGGAGUUGGAACAGCGUGUUCUCAAGUGGAUCACGAUUGCGCGAGAACGAUUCAUGUCCUUUCCGGUCCCCACACAUCAUGGUACCGACCUGCCUUCGAAAUCCUAUGCACCUACAACUGCAGCCGCUGACGUCCGUUUCUUACUGGNUGGGGCGAGUGGCGGCGGCGGCGGCGGCGACAAUGCCGCCGCGGCCGCCAUCAAGAAGCGCAAGGCGUCAACCCUCGGGCCGGACACUGGCAAAAACAAGCUCAACUUACGGCAGCGGCACGAGCUCGUCAAAGAGGUCCAAGAUGGUGGUGUCAGGGCUAAGGUCGCGGUCAAGUACGGCGUCAGCAAGGGGUACGUCGCAAAGCUGAUGAUGCCCGACAACAUCGCUAAGCUCAGCAAGGCGGUCCAGACGGAGCUCAACCCGGAGGCCCGCCACGUCCUGGAACCGGUGGAGGCGGAGUUGGAACAGCGUGUUCUCAAGUGGAUCACGAUUGCGCGAGAACGAUUCAUGACAACAAAGAUCGGGCUGAGCGGCACAAUGAUCCAACAUCGGGCCGUGAAGUUCGCGUCCGAGAUGGGCAUCAAGUUCGCUGCAAGCAACGGUUGGCUUCACCGCUUCCUCAAACGAAAGGCAAAGGCGUUGCCCAGCAUGGGGGUUGCGCGGGGGUGAACCGUUCAGUAAACGCAACACCAUGCGCCAACCCACUUUUGUUUUUCAUUAUCUACUAAUUUUCUAUUUGUGGAGAGGGAUGUACCAGAGCAAGAAAUCUUGGGGGGGCAAUACCUGCCCGCAUAUGGCGAAUAGUCACUUCACUUGAAAGUUGCCUGGUCACUACUAGAUAGUAGGAUGUUCCCACUUAAAUAGUUGUUCCCCGGGGGGAUCAAGGAGUUGGCUUUCCCGACCGAUUUGUUUUUGCUGUGUCUGGGGUGGGUGGAAACUACUGCUGUACGUGUGCACGAAAAAAGCGGCCUUUAUUGUGACUGUUGUUGACCUCUCCAAGUGUUGAACGACCCACAUGGCUCGUCUGACAACCGCACAUGAUUUUGCUCAGAUUGAUUCUACAAGGUCCGCGUACUCCUGCCAAUCAUGGCAUUGGGAGGUGAUGCAUGUUUUUUUUUUUUAGUUUGAGGUGCAACGAUUCUUGACGCGGCAAGCGACGAGACUCCUUCCACCUUUUGGCGAGGAUGUCGCACACGUGAUGAAAUAUUCGGAUUGUUUCCGGAAAUAUUGUAACUCCCUCCGACCCCUUAAGAUUUGGCUAUACAGCAGCAAGAAGUGCAGCUACAGCAUUAUGACAGAGCAUUGCGAUUCUUUCACGCACGUCGGGUUU